UGAAUAUAUAUCAUGAAUAAAAGUUUUUUCUCAACUCUUAUGGCUUCACUUAUUUACAUUAUUCUCAGUCAUCAUGGAAUAUAGGAAUGACCCAAUAAUAUAUGAAUAUUGAAUUUUCAGUGGUUGAUUGCUGAUCCAGAAGCUGCUGGAAACCAUAAAUAUAUUCUGAAGGAAGAAAAAUAUAAUGCAACCAAUUUCAUGACGCUGUGGGAGUUUGAUGGAGUUCUGAAAUACUCUCCUUUAUUUUAUGGAUGGUAUACAAAUAGUGAUAACUCGAAGGGUGGAUAUAGAUUACCCUUCGCCUAUUUUGUAACUGGACUGGUAGUAUACGGUUACAGUUUCUUUGCUACAUUGAGAAAAAUGGCAGAAAACUCUCGAAUGUCCAAACUAUCUGAAAAAGAUGACGAAUGCAUAUUUUCCUGGAAAUUGUUCACAGCCUGGGACUAUAUGAUUGGAAAUGCAGAAACAGCUCAUAACAGAGUUGCCUCUAUUGUCAUGGGGUUCAAGGAAGCUCUAUUAGAGGAGGCGGAAAAGAAGAAAGUUACCAGAAAUUGGGAAGUUAUUGGCUUCAGAGUCUUGGUGAAUACUGUAGUGUUGGGGCUACUUGGAUCAUCAGUUUGGGCUAUAAUAAUGGUUGUGAAGCGUUCCACAGAACCAGAAGCACAGGAUAAUUUUUGGAGGAAAAAUGAAACGUCAUUUGUGAUUUCGUUGAUAUCUUUCAUAUUCCCGAUGAUAUUCGAAGUACUAGGUCUGUUAGAGCAGUACCAUCCUAGGAAACAGUUACGACUACAGCUAGCUAGAAUAAUGGUUCUAAAUCUUCUCAAUCUCUAUUCCCUCAUUUUUGCUUUGUUCGAUAAGAUAGAUGAUAUGACAGCAGAACAAGAACAAUUUAGGAAUAUAACGAAGUUGAUGAAUGAAUCUUCCACAACUCUUCGUACUACUCCAUUAUAUACUACCUCAAGCAUGGAUGCAACUACAAGUAUUCCUUUCAUAGAAACAACAGAGUGUUAUGAAGAAUGCUUAGUAACUGAAAUAGGAAGAGAAUUGAUAGCAGAUAAUCUUAUAUCGGAAUUGUCACUCAACGUUUCAAAUGUAGCCAUUUCACAUUUGGAACAGCUCAUCAUGGGUUUUGUUACAAAUAUAUCCAGUGCUUUGGAUACAGCUAACUCAACUUUUCCAGUUAAUUCUUCUUUGAUAUUCAACAUCAGCGAUUCCACGAAUGAAACUUUGUUGAAUAUAAUACAAACUCUGAUUCCAGAAUCUAGCUCCACCAAUAUGAAAGAUAUGUUCAUAGAUUAUCUCACUUAUAUUUUGUAUUCUUUGAAUGAUUCCAAUUCAACAAUGACAUAUUUUGAUAACGAUACAAUCAUUCCAGAAGAGAAUGUCACAGAUAUACAUUUCUCUACAACAAGCAGCUUUGAACAAUUCACGACAGUUUUUCCGUUUUUGGAUAACUUGACUGGAACAAAUCAGGAAGACAUAUUUCUCACUUCCACCUUAUCUAACAUACUAGAUAAUGUUUCUGCAACGCUCAGUACAGUGAAGGAAAGUCCAACGAACUCGCCAAAUUGUAGAAAUAUUUGCACAGUAGUGAAGAUUCCAUUAGAUACUGAAAUCAGUAGCCCUACCAUCACCACCACAAGUCUGGAAAUCACUGAGAUGGGACUGAAUUACUCUAUGCAGGCGAGACUGAGAAGUCUUUGUUGGGAAACUAUGUUCGGACAAGAACUGAUCAGGCUAACUUUAACUGAUCUAGUGAUGACCAUAGUACCAACAUUGGGCAUGGACUUUUUUAGAGGAAUAUUUGUUAGAUAUAUGAACAGGUGCUGGUGUUGGGAUCUCGAAAAAAGGUUUCCUCAGUAUGGUGACUUCAAAGUGGCAGAAAACAUUCUGUCGCUAGUGAACAAUCAGGGAAUGGUAUGGAUGGGAAUGUUCUUCUCUCCAGGCAUAGUGCUUCUCAAUGUUAUCAAAUUGUACAUUUUCAUGUACUUCAGAGGUUGGGCAGUCAUGACAUGUAAUGUACCACAUGAAGUGAUCUUCAGGGCCUCAAGGUCUAACAACUUCUAUUAUGCGCUGUUGCUGAUGAUGCUCUUCCUCUGCGUUCUACCAGUUGGAUAUACAAUUGUAUGGAUAACGCCUUCAUGGCACUGCGGUCCUUUCUCUAAGUAUCAGAGAAUAUUUCACAUAUUCACCAAGACUAUCAGAAAGUCUGCUCCUAAAGCCCUGCAAAGAGUUUUGGACUAUAUCGCCUCCCCUGGUAUUGUGAUUCCUCUUCUGGUUCUGCUUAUCUUGAUCAUAUACUACUUGGUCUCAUUGACUGGUGCUCUACGAGAGGCUAACGAUGAUCUCAAGAUUCAACUUCGCCGGGAGAGAACAGAAGAAAGAAGAAAAAUGUUCCAAUUAGUGGAUAGAAGAAGAAGAGGUGGCUCUGGGGAAUCUAACGAACUAUCGAAUACUCCAUUCAAUAAAUGGAAGAAAUUACUGGGCAAUCUUCCUGGAGGAAAAAGCAUGGAUGAUACUACCCCAAAACAAGAAGAAAAUGAUAUUCCAGAGGCACCAUCAGAAGAAGAACACAAUGAAAAUAAGAGUACAGAUUUCUUCAGCAAACUGAUAAAGAGAGCUUUACGAAAGUCCUCAACAUCAGAUGAUGAACAGAACGCAGGAGACGGUACAGAUACAGAACAACAUGAUUCUUUGCCAUACGACUCUACCACUUCCAGACAACAGGGAACAGUCAAACCAUUCUCUUGGAGAACUGCAGACUUUCAAAGCAUUGCCAAUAGGGCACUUCAACUGACCAAAGUAAAACCAGACAAUAACUCAAAUGAUCGUGAAUAUCCAAGUAGUCUGAAACAAGACGUUGAGACCAGACCUAUAAGUAGGCAGAAUUCUGAUUUAAGGAGAGAUAUACACAGAAGGGACUCUCACCUUAGUAAAAUCAAUCAGCCAACUACUUCUAAAGGUAUCAGGCAAGAUUCUGAGUCUUCAGUCUGGUCUGAUGGUAUCCCUGUCAUAACUAUCAGCAAAACAGGAAGUGCGGAAAAUAUUUUGAAAAAAGAUGAGGUUUUCAAGAAUCAUGAAGUGAUGCAACAGGAAAAAUUCAAACCACAAGUGAAAUGUGCGUUGAAGAAGCAGAGUGCUGAAGUUGAUGAAGAAACCAUACGCUUUUUCGACAACGACUUGGAAAGGACUAAAGCUGAAAAUAGGGUUUUUAAGACAGUGGCAGAAACAUGGGAUGGUUCGAAUCUAGAUGUAUCUGAUACUUCUCAUAAUGAUAAUGCUGAUUCAAACAGAGAUGAUUUAUUGACAGAAGUGUCUUCUUCUGAGGACACUGAACAAAAAGGCAGUAGUGCUGAUACGAUUCUACAUGCUCCAUUUCCAUCCGAGGAUAAUAACUGAUGGAUUAAAAUAUUGAGCAACAAUAUCAAUUUUUUAUAUUAUGAGGAGCAGGAAUCUUGGAAAGUUUCACACAAAUUCAAAGUCCAUUUGAAAUUGGAAGUUUUGCAUUUAACUCAUCGAUUCUAAUGUCGUUGGUCCUAAUAUACUGAAUAUGCCUUCGAAUGGUUCAUAGGGUGACUCUUGCCGAAUUUCACAAAGACAAAUGGUGAAUAAAAGAAAUCGAGAAAUAAUCGUAAUAUGUUUAUGGAAUAGUUUGUCUCUAUCUUGUGCGGGAAGUGACACUUGCCGUAGGUAGUAGUAAUGAUAGAUAAGUAUGUUGAAUAUCACGAGACUAAAGCGGAUUGUUUUAUUGCACGAAACGUUGGGAUCAACCACUCGUGGAUUGAGUAGUUCCACUACUCUAUUUUUUUAACUCAAGGGAACAUUUUUAGUACAACUUGGUAAAAUUUCAAUGAUACACCAGUUGAUUCAGUCAGUUUACUUUCAAAGAUAAUUAGGUGACUCAACAACGGUUUCCUAAAUAUAAAAUUGGUUUUAGCCCUGGCCUAGAAUGGCAUCUAUGGAAUGACUAAAGGAAUCGGUUGCAAUUGCGAAUUGUGGAAAUAUGUUGUUUCAGGAUAUGUAUCUUUUCAAUAAUCAGAAUGGAAUUCUUUAUGAAUGAAAAAUUCACAAAAAGUGGAACGACUAGGGGCGAAUUGAUUCACUAUAAUGUGAAUCAUAUUGAUUAUAUAAUUUUUUCCUACGACCAACUAUGAAAACAGCACAAAACACAUUGAUUUGUUAUUGAGAAAGUGACUCGUUUCAUUAUGACAACAUAUAACAGUUAGAAAGUUCGAAAGUGAAACUCACAUGGGUGGAAAUAUUCGAAAAUCGCACAGUA